AUGGCUUCAAACAGGUUCCAGUCAGAGUCUGCGUCUUCUGGAACACGACUUCCUCCAGACGAUGCAGAGGUGAGUAUCCUGGUUGGCGCUGAUCAAGUCAAGUAUGUCGUCCCCAAAGCUUCACUCUGCGCCGCUUCCAAAUUCUUUAAAGCGACCUUCAACGGAACCUUCUUCGAGGCGGCGACCCAAGAGCUCAAACUACCCGAGGACGAACCAGAUGUCAUCAAGUUCUUGUGCGACUGGCUCUAUGUCAAGUCCGUUCCCGAAAAAGAAUGGUCCCCUCCAUCCCCAUGGGAACCAGAUACGUUCUGGCUCGAGGUCUACAUCGCCGCGGACAAAUUCAUGAUGCACGGUGUGAAGACGGUUGCUUUUGACAAAAUCACAAGCAUGUUCACCGCGACAGAAUCCACCAUCCCCAGUCCCACCUUCAUCGACGCGCUCUACCAGCACCGCGACGCAGAGGCCCUCCACACUUACAUCGCCGGACACAUCACAUAUUGGAUGCCGAAAGCUGCCAGAAAGUGCGACUGGCUCCCACUUUUGCAACGAAGCGAUCGCCUUGCCGCAAUCGUAGGCACGACUAUCGCUGACCAGGCUCCGGAACAUCCAGUGUUCGCCCACCCCGGUGCCGAUGCAGACUUUGCGGAUAAGAAUGGACACGGCCUUUCGGAGGAGGAUAAGAAGAAGAGACCAGGCACUUGGGGAGUAGCGAUGCAGACUUUGCGCGUUGCUGCGAUCGACCAGACUUGUGUCCAUGCAUGCUAUGGUGUUUACGUGCCAGGGAAUCCUCCGAGUAUCGUCGACACGUGA